AGAGUGCGGAGAGCCAGCUGCGCGUAAAAGUUGUCCACUCCUCCCUCUCGUUCAUGAGUGUGAUUUGGCUCCAGAUAUAAACACAGAGCUCCUCUCUCUGUAGUCUGUACCUCUCUGGGCUCUUCAGUCUCCUCUCAACCAGCAGACAGUUUCCUCCAAGAGGCCGAAAACAGCGAAACGCACCAGGGGGACGAUCUCUGGCACACUCCCCAGGAUGGAGGUAACGAUUAUGUGACUCUGAGCGGAGUUUGUUGUUGGAGUCUGUACUUUUUAGACGACUUUAGCAGAUGUUUUUAAGAGUAACGCGGUUUUUGUGCAGCCAUGUGUGGUUGAAAUUGAAGCAUUACAUCAUUUGAGCUGAUUUUAUGACUUUAUUGUGAAAAUUGCUGUGUUUGUGGAAGAGUUUGUGACCAAUGAACACUUGAUACAGCAUUUUUUUUUUUAUCUUACUGCAUAUGUUGUUGUGUGAACUCAUCACCUGACAAGUUUCAAAUGCUCUCUUUGCUCCUAAGCUUUUAUUUUGAAGGUCUGUGACAAACACUUUUAUGUGAAAUAUUAGUAUAGUUUAAAAAAAGAUCUUCCAAAGUAAAAGAGGGAUAAUUGUUCUCCUUUUUCCUGAGGGUGUUGACCUUUAAUUACACUCACACAGACACUCAAACACUACAACAUGUAGAUUGUCUAAAAGCAGGAGAGUUUUGCCUCUGGCUCAUCUUCUUCAGCUCAAUAUGUUUGAGCUUCAGGCUGUAACAGCUUAAAGGAGACUUGUGGUGAGGACUUUAUAACCAGUAAGCACGGUGUAAGAGGAAGGAAACAGCUGACAGAACAUCUGUCAUCAGCAAAUGUUUGAUAAAUGGGUGGAGUAAAUGCUCCUCAUUGAUUUUAACCCCGUGUGCGACUGUUUUUUAAGUCUGAUUUUUUCUUAUUGCCAGUAACUUCCCACCCAUCGUGUCCUCAGCUGACGAGCCGCGGUUUCCCCUCUCAAAGGCCAAACUGUCCUGAAGCUUAAAACAGAAAAAGUGCGCUCCUUUCACAGAACAUGAGGCUUUUCAAAGGCAUUUCACACAUGUUUUUCCUGCAGGUUUGUGGUCUCCUCCCCUGCAAAACAUGCUGUUCCCUCAGACUUUCAACAUCAAUUUAAAGUAUUUUGUGUCAUGUGGGGAAUAGAAGGAGAAACGCCCAUUUUUUUCCCACAACACAUGAGGGACAACAUGAGUGGACUUACUCAACUCAAGGGGUUACUUUUGCUUUUGGCUUGUUCUGUUUCGAAUUGAAUACGUGUGUUUUUGAGAGUGAAAAUGAGAGAAAGAUGUUUGACAAGAAUUAAAGUUAUUCUAAAAACUUAGUUGUUCUUAAAUUGAACUUCCACUGGGUGAGUUUUCUUGUCACGUUUGUAUGACUUGUUAGACUUUCAUGACAGCGAGGUCAGUUUCCAGUUUUUAAACCUGAAUACAGUCAGACUUUUGUCAGGGUUUUGAUGUUUCAGUCUUUUCAUUCAGUCUUGUGUCCUUCUAAAGUGACACUCAGGCUAUGUUCACACUGCGGGACAAUUCUGAUUUUUUAACCAUAUGUGACACAUAUCUGAUUUUUUCAUGUAAGUGUGAACAGUGCAAUUCAGUUUUUUCUAAAUCUGACCCUGUGGAUAUAAAUCGGAUAUGUAUCCGAUGUGACUGCAGUGUGGACGCUCAGGUCGCGUUCAUCCAACCGAUACGUCAUCAAUAUGCGACAAACGUCACCAUUGUUCGACAACACAAACAGGCGUGGAAAGCAAUUUGUGCUUUGUGAGCAUGCGGGUCACUUCACGGACGCAUUCUGCUCACAUUAGAUGCCGCAUUCGUUGUUGUAAUGUGAACGACCGCACCAAAUCAGACUUCUCUUCUUGUCCGUGUAUACAUGCAGCUGAGAAAAUCGAAUCAUUGACGUGAACGUGUCCUCCUCCCCAAAACUAGGGGGCGAUAUCGGUCUUUUCAGCGGCGCUGUUUCCGACCCCAUACAACCGCCAACAACAACAGCAGGUCCAUGUCAGCCGUCAGAAGUGUCUACAACUGCUGCUGGGCAUUUUGGAGCAAGAAGAUGGAGCAUUGUACAGCGUUGUUUUUGUCGUACAUGAUGUACGCGCUACUUUUUCUGCAGAUGAGACAAACGCGACUCCUCUUCUCUGGUGUUUUUGUUUCGGAGUUACGGGGGCGUGGCACAUGGGCACAUGUAUUGUCCGAUCAUACUCCGACUACGCUGGUUACAUGGUAGAGAAAAUCGAAUUCCAAUCGCGUUAUCUAGGUGUCUUGAUCAGAGUUCUGAAACUCAGAUUAUAGUCGGACGAAGGUGUUUACAUGCACUUCAGUUGUCCAGUCUUAAUCGGAAUAAGGCGAUAGUUCGGUUUUAUCGAGUGUCAUGUAAACAUACUGACUGACUCGCCCCCUGUUGAUGACACUGAAUAAAAAAAUGCUUACUAUUGCAACAUCACUAGAAUAUGACAUUUGUCUUUUUUGGUUUUGCGUGGCGUGUUUGUGCUUUCUACUCUCAAUCUUAGAAUUUUUGCUUUGAAAGGUUGAUGAUUCACUUCCUGAUUGCCCUGAAUUCCCACCAGAGAACCAGUUUGAGGGUCAGCUGUGAGUGACGGGACGCUUUCUGCUGCUCAGUUUGAGUGUGAUAGAUGACAUUUAGCCUGAAGCGCCCAUAAACCAGUGUAGACCAGCCUGUUAAGUCCGCCUCACGCUCACUGUCAUUUAAAGUGCCUCAGCUCGGUCCCGCGGUGACGUCGCUCUCUUGUGUGUUUUCAGCUUUAGGAAAGAGCUGAGCGUGUUUGCAAACAUCAGGAGCCUCAGAAAAGCCCUGAGAGGAGAUUAGCACAUGGAAAUUCUGAAGUUUUGGAACUUGUGUCUAAAGUUUGUGUGUUUGUGUGUGCACAGGCCUGAGGACUUCUAUGUGUUUGCUGGGUUGUGGGGUUUUGGGGUAGGGGGGGGUGUGGUUUCCUUUGAUGGAAAAACAACACCACAGCUAGAGGAGCGAGUAUUUGGGAUUGCCUUGCCAAGCAUAUGGCAUGCACAUUUAUUAUGUAAUCACUGUAAAGUUAAGAGAGCGGUAACAGAGGAACUGAGUCUGUACCAGCCAGACGUUUCCUAAAGAGUUACUGUUUUUCCUUUUGCCUCACCACAUUAUGUCAUUCAAAUAAUGUGGUGCUAACAGUAUUUCUGUUAUUGUUAUGAACCAGGACUCACACUCUUACAGCUCGUACUACGGCUAAUGUUUGCUCUGCAUUAACAAGCAUCCCACUGAGUAUUUUUUAGUCCAAGAGAGGUCUAAUAGACAUCUAAAUGUAGCCUAGACGACCGGUCUAAAAUCAGGCUACCACAGGUCUAAAAAUGAAUGUUUUUUUAGACAUCUAAAUUUAGACCAAAUCUAAAUCUGGGCUAUAUCUAUACUACACUGUAUAUUGCUCAAUGGCUAUCACAGCUAUAAAGUGCAACGUCUAAAUGCAGUCUAAAAAUAAACAGAAUCUAGAUGGUUGAAAUCAGGUCUAAAAAUAAAAACUAGAUGUCCAAUAGCCAUCUUUUGCUCAGUGGGAUUAGUAUGUGGUAUAAAAGGGAAACCUGGAGGACAGGGCUAGGUGAUAAACAGAAAACAGAAACCAAAAUUUUGCUCAUGUUGGUAUAUUGGGUGUCAAAAAAAUCAAUAAAUCGAAGUUGGUUUUAGAUGUGUGUAGGUAGCCUAUGGUCUAAUGUCCCUUUAAGACGCUGUCCUACAUCAGAAACGUGACUCCACCCCAUCCAGUCCGUAACAAAGAGGGAAAGACAGGUGAGGAGAUGGAGGACGGUUCAAAAGUUGUAGCGGCUGGAGCGGCGGCUGAAGUAGAUGGAGUUAAUGUGGGAGGGGGUGAGCAGCUUGUGGAAUAGUUAUCGUCCAUUUAUCGUUAUCAUGAGGUGAACUGCUCAAUAUAUUGUGAUAUUGAUUUGAGGCCAUAUUGCCCAGCCCUACAGGAGGACAUCCUUCAGAACUUGUUGACAAAGAAUAAAGAGAUCCAUGCUGAAAAGUUUUCCUGACAUUUACAGAGAUCGAUACUGUCAGAGGUAUUUGCUGAGGGUGUAUAUUGAAGGAUGAACAUAAAAAAGACUCCCAAGUGACCAUGAGACUCAGUGGAAUGUAAAAUAUCAAGAAAUUUUAACCCCUUCUCUGAGUCAUGGUUUCGUUCCGGUUGAAUCUCUGUUCAGAUCACAUAGCAAAGGUGUGUAAGCCGAUUUUACAGCCUGUAAAAAUCAUUAGAGUCCUGUGACUUACAGGUUUCCGGGUCAUGACCAGUAGAGAUGCUGGGUGAAGAGCACGUUGCUACGACAUCUCAUGUGACUUAAAAUAAUCUGAUUCCACUGAUUCUUCCUCCUGUGUUGAAAAAAAAAAACCUCAAACUACAACUUCCUUGCUGUUUUUUUCACGACGUCCACCCACAUAAACCCACAAGUUUUUUCUCUGCCAUCUUUAAAACGAACUCUAUACUACUCCAAACAUGUAAUUGUAAAACCAGCGAGAAAACAGAAGAGAAAAGAAGACUGCAGGAAGUGGUGGUGGUAUGUCAGGAAAGUAAAAUGCACUUGUUGAAGUUGAGGUGUAAAAGUGAGUGAUUUUGCAGAGCUGUGUGCCCUGAAGGACAUGACAUACAGAACCGGCUCUGACAGGCUCUGACUUACAGAAAAUGUAUGAGCUUUUUAGAGUGUGUGUGUGUGUGCACAGACUUGCUGACAUUAGUAUGCACAUAGUUUUUUGUGGUUGGAGAAAUGCCUUUAGCUAAUCUAACGUUUUAAUUCAAACUCCAUAUUGGUUGUGCUGUCACGUGGGAAGCUCUCUGUUGAAGUGGUGGUGAAGCAAAUACUUAUGAACAAUCAAAUGGUUCAUAAAGCAGUGAUCACUUAACUGUUUUAAUGUUCGCUGGAGUUUGAGGCCUGAAGUCAAUGCACAAAGUUUGUUUUCCUCCCAUCAGAGAAGAGGUCUGGAAAGACCCCUCCCCCCUUGGGGUAUCAGUUUGAAACAGUGUGUGUGACAGAGAGAUAUAUCUGGGUGGGGGACUGCGGGGAAGAUAAAGAGGAGGACACUGGAAUCUGUAAAAGGACAAAAACAAAACAAAGGUUUUUGACUUUUGUUUACACGCAGGCUCAGUGAAACUACUCCAAAAGUUACUGGAUUCCAGAUUAUCUAUUUCAGACAAGACCCAAAACAAAACAGAGGAGACAGAGCAAACACUAGGCUGUGUAUAUAACUGACAUCACAGUAGGUUUGGUUUGGCACACUGACUGAGAAGCUGUAGGUUCAGAUCUGAAGAGCAUCGACCAUACCGCAUUCAGCAUCUAGGGUUUGAGAAUCAAACGGCCAAAGAGAGGAAGUAAAUAGUCCAAGCAGCGACAAAAUGACUCUAUAACAGUCUCCCAUAUCUCCCUGCAGAACUGUUAAGUUAUCCCAUACUGCCUGAAACCCCCUUAACCACCCUCCCUGAAAUUUGGCAUCCAGCCAUGCUCUUUAUUUCCUUUUUUGGCAGAAAGGAGAGCAAACACAAGUACUACAAGCUGCAUGUACAACCCCUGACCCGAAAAACUUUGAACCCUGUGGAAAUGUUGAUAAAAACAAGUUUCUAUGGUUUUGUAAGUAAUUUGAACCCUCUUGAAAAUAGUGCAAAGAUGAGAAAUGAAAUGGGGAAACUGAGGAAUUAUGUUUUGUCUCAUUUUUAAAUGUUGUAACAGCAACAUGUUUCAACACAGUUAGGUCAGACACAUUAUUAUUAUUAUUAUUAUUAUUACAUCACUGAAAGAUUUAGAGAGUCUGGAGAAAUCUCUUCAUAAAAGGAUCAAGGCUGUAAACCUAAACUGGCUGGUUCUGAUCUUCUGUCCUUCAGGCCUUGCUUUGAAAAUAGGCACAGCUCUGUAGUGGAAUUCACCGCACAAGCCUGCCCACAGUCCCAACUUGUCACUCACUGAAAACUUAAAAGUGUUUUAGGAAAUAAAGAAUAUGAUAUAUAUGUGCCAAAACCAAUAAUUUUGUCACUCUAUUAUUUUUAGUAUUACUCUAAAAACAACGAUUUAGUUUGUCUAAUAUUGCAUCAGAAAUGAACAUUUUUUUUUUUUUUUUUACUUUUUCUAAAACAUUUUUUAUUUUUUUUGAAUUAUUUUUAUUUUUUACUUUUUUCCCUCUCUAUUUCCUUUUAUAUGGUUAUUUUAUUUUACAUUGUUUUGGUAUAGUCUGAUUCUGUUUGAUCUUGGCAUUGAUUUCACUUUGAUAUUUACAGAUUUAUUCAUCUAAUUUUUUUAUAUUUAUUUAUUUAUUGAUUGAUUUAUUUAGGUGUUAAAGUGAACCCUUUUGUGCCCUGACAUUCACUGUUGAAAUACAUCCAAGGAAAACUCAAUAAAAAGGAAUUUUGAAAGAAAAAAUGGAAGUAGAAGUGAGAAAAUAACACUUUUGAUCGUAGCUUAGUAGUGUAUGCUAGCUGUUGUUUUUAAAGCUCCGUAAAGCUCAGUUACCUCUGAUUUAAAUAAAAGAAGAAGUAAUUUUAGGUCAUUUGUUUGGUUUCUCUUCACAACGGUACUCCACCCACUCUGAAUGAAGACCACAGCCCUUCUAUUUGUCGCUCCUGAUUCUCUUAAUGCAGAAGAUGAUAUGAUCCUAUAGAAUAAAUGGUUGAACAGAAGCCAAAAACUGAAGCUCUGACUGAUUUAUAGUGUGGAGGGUGGAGGGCGUCACUGAAUGAAGUCAGUCCACGUCUGAGCUGCCCAGCGUCAGUGUGUUAACUAUCUGAUCCAACAACCAGAUGGUUUUUGUCUCCUUGAUUGCUGGAUCAGAGUGGAUGAGGAUACCAGAACACCACGUAGAAUCCCCAACAGAUGCUGGUAUCUAAGCAGGCUUGCAUAGCCUCAAAGAUUCGGAGGGACAUCAUGUCUGCUGUGAGCUGUUUACAUUUCUUGAUAACUUCUCUAUUCACCAUUUACUCGCUCUGGUUCUGCUUCUUGUUGCACAACAGUUCAGAAUUAUCUCAAGCAGACCAAACUUGUCUGGCUUUAUUGUAUGUUCACGUUUCAUCCUCAUAAUUUACCCAUCAAACCACAAAUGAACACUAUAUCUAAAGAGCCUCUCUUCUUUUUGAAUCAUUUGUAGUGAAUUUAUCACAUGAAUCAAUAAACCAAAAACAAAAAAACAACAGUCUUAGUCAUGAAGAGAAUUUUUGGAGAUAAAUCUUACUGCUCUGGAUAGGGCUGGGCGAUAUGGCCUCAAAUCAAUAUCACAAUAUAUUGAGCAGUUCACCUCAUAAUAAUGAUAAAUGGACGAUAACUACUCCACAAACUGCUCACCCCCCCCUCCCCUCCCAUGAACUUCGUUUACUUCAGCCGCUGCUCCGGCCGCUACAACUUUUGAACCGUCCUCCAUCUCCUCACCUGUCUUUCCUUCUUUGUUACGGACUGGAUGGGGUGAAGUCACGUCUCUGACGUAGGACAGAGUCUUAAAGGGACAUGAGACCAUAGCCUACCUACACACAUCCAAAACUACCUUUUAUUUAUUUAUUAUUUUGACACCGAAUAUACCAAUAUGGGCAAAAUGAAGUCGGUUAUUGUCGUAAAUUUCGCUAUCUGUAAAUUUUCGGUUUAUCGCUCAGCCCUACUUCUACAUUGCCUUAAAAGCAAAUGCCAACAAAAGCUCUUGUCCCCAACAUUUACUGUGGGCUUUAUCUACAUUGAUAUGUUGUUUCAUAACUAUUGGAGCCCUGAUUGAAUUUUGGGUUUAUUGCCCAGCCCUACACCAGACCCAUGGGUUCUUUCACAGGCAUGUUGCUGCUUUUAUUCACACUUUUGCUGUGGAGAAAAACUUGCAAUAAAUUAAAGAAACAUUAGCCAAAAAAAAACGCAUAGAAUUUCAUUCUAUAGGAAGUAGGGCUGGGUGAUAUGGCCUCAAAUCAAUAUCACAAUAUAUUUAGCAGUUCUAAAGGGACAUGAGACCAUAACCUACCUACAAACAUCCAAAACCAACUUUUAUUUAUUUAUUUAUUUAUUUUGACACCAAAUAUACCGAUAUGAGGUCGGUUGUUGUUGUUAAUUUCGGUAUCUGUAAAUUUUCGCCCAGCCCUACAUCUGGACAUACCUGGCCUCUACCUGGAAAGCUCAUUCUUUUAUUUAACUUUAGUUCUCCUCCAGUGUUCCUCUGUUGCAGGGGAAGCAAUGACUUCUUGAUGAGAAAGUCCAUUUACCUCAUCCCUCUGAUUCAGGGUCCUACUCUAACACACACACGUCACAAAAACACACCGUGUGCCAGUGAAGGCAUUGGAAAAGUGAGAUACUCAGAUGAGGUCCAGUCCAGACCACAUCAUUUUUUCCUGGAUCAGCAUCAAGUAAGAAGGUGCCUGUCUGCUCUCAUACCACUUGACAAGUGUAGACAGGAGGAAGCUGCAGUGAGGUGGUUUUCCCCGUCACAGAACAUGCUGACUUAAGAAAACAAAGUCUGCACUCUCAAACUGAAGCGGUAAGGAUCUGUCUGAACAGCUGGGCUUCAGUGCGUUUUAUUUAUCAGAGAUCUUUUCUAUGUAAGGCUCACCAGAGAGAGCUUACGGGGGAUUGAGAGUUAAAUCAGCCAUUCCCAGAGAAGGGUUAAAGAUCCUGAGUGAGACAUCAUUUUCAUCAGCUCGGCGGUAGAUUACAUGGCCUGCUGCUCUCUGACCACAACGGUUAUGUCAAGCAGAUAUGUGGGAUUUACUGAGACUGAUAUCAUGUGCUUCUUCUCCCCUGCCUCUGGAAAUAGGAGUCACAGGAAGAGACAAUAGUAAGCUUUGUGCGAUAUGUUUAUCUCCGUGUUCUCCCUCCACAUCUGCUGGUCAUACAGUAAACCUCGUGUUUCCAUCCAUAGCCUGGAAAUUAAGACGCUGGUUAGGAUUAACCUUUACUUAUCCGUUCACAGCUCACCAAGGAUAUCUCUGCGACACAGUCAUCUUUAGAAGUGAGGCUGCAGUGAAAGCCAUGUUUUAGAUCUUGAAUUAUUAACAUUUAUGUGUACAGAUAUUUAUAAUCAGGGUGGUAAAUCCCAAGCUUGUCAGGUAUUUAAAAACACACCCAAAGUGAUUAUUAUGAUUAAAAUAGACUAAAGGAAAGGACAGCAGAGACAUGGGCGCUAAAGCCUCGCUGAUUUCCACUGAUUUUGGGGGGUUUAUUCAUGAACCAUUCUGCACAAAAAUGUUGAGUAAUAGUUCAAGAAACAUGAAGGGUUCUAGGUGUUGUUGUCUUGGUCUCCCGAGCAGGAUUUCCUGGAACAACAAGACUCCACCUUGCACCUUAAGGGAUCUACUGCUAACUUCUUUGAGCCAGAGACCACAAAACACCUUCAGAGGUCUUGUAGAGUCACGGCUCAGUGAGUCAGACACCUAGAUGAUUAAAAAGCACAUUUUCCACAUUGUUUUGACCGUUUUUUCUGUGAAUUACUUAUCCCUUCUAUCAUUGAAUCUUUACUGUAAGUGUUACUGUAAAACAAGCAUCAUCUGUAGGAGCUUUUUUCCAGGGAAGUCUGGGUCCAGAAAUAACUCAUCCUUUUCGAAUCAACCCAGUUCUGUUUAUGGAAAAAGAUAAUCACAUGUGUAAGACGCUGCUUUAGAUGCUUUUUUCAUAGAUUCUGUGUUUAGACAUGCUCCGUUGCACUAUACGCGAGAUUACAGUAUGCUUCAGAUGUGGUCCAGUAUAUCCAGGGACACUCUCUCUGAGGAGCUGAGGGGUUAUAGAGCAUAGCUAUGAUCCCGGCUGCUCACACAGCUCCGGGGCUUUUUCCCAGGCCUGGAGCCACAGAAAUAGUUUGCCCUCCUCUCUCCUGCAGUGAACCAAAGUUUCCCACUCUUCCACAGAGCUUGGGGUCCCAGCUGAGUUAACUCUGCACAAUACUGAUAACCGAGGGAAGUCCUUUUAUGGCUUAACGGAUGUCUUUUGUUAUGUCAGCGAAAGAGUCAGAUCAUUAGAGUCAAACUAAUCGGAAAAGACAAACAAGUACACUACUGAAGUGUAAGAAUGGCAGAUGGUGCGUGUGUUUGUGUGGUAAAGUUGAAGUCAUGGCAGAGGUUCAAUAUCGGCUUAUUUCACUCUCUUUAGUGUAGUUGAUUAUGCAGCUGCUGUUAGUUGCAACGGCAUUUAAACAAACUUCGCAGUGGACUGUGGUUUGUUCGAGGCGAAGACUGUAUAUAGAAUGGACGCCGUCUGCCUCCUCACUUGAGGAAGCCACCAUGAGGACCGCACCCUCUGGUGUAGGGCUGCAGUAUAGGUCAUAAACCCCGCCUCCUCCAGGAAUCCCUAUGGAGCUGUGGACAAACAAAUUAAUCACACAGAAUACAAUUUUUUUCUCCCCCUUGGUUGCGAUGUUGACAUGUAGUUACUGUAAGACUGGUUUGUGCUCAAGUCUAUGAUUGACACCUGAUACCAUUGACAAAAUUUUGAUUUCAAAGGUGGGGGGGGCAUAUGUGACUUGAGUACUGUUGAGUAUUGUUGAGACACAUAGCCUAGCAAAUAGCACAUCUGGCACACACAGUAACAGAGGAGGCAAUGCGGCCAGCAGGUGGAUGGAAGUACAGACCCGAUACAGGGAUGUUAAUGAAACCUCCGAUGAAUGUGACGUGGGAAAAUGAACGCUGCCCUCCUGAUGUUCACGGACUGACUCUUACAAACCCCUUGAAAAACACUAGUCUGGUGGGCAUGGAAUGACUGACAGAGAUAGCCAACACACAUAAGAAGCACCCCCGCGGCAGAGCCAAUCAUGGACCUUGUGGGCGGUCCAAACCAAGGGAAACCAGUUUUUGCCUUGAGCGGCCAUUUGGUCCUAGUGCCUGACGUGUAUCGGUUUGCUACAGCGUAAAGUAAUAUUGUUUUCAGGUGGAUAAAACUGCAGGGGACCAAACGAGGGGUCCCCUGUGUACCCCCCCCCCCCCCCCCCCCCAAAUUACGUCAGUGGUUGAUACAGCCUGUGGGUGUUCAGGGAUUGCGUAGCUCACCCAGGGGGAUACGCUGUUCGAGCCAAGUAUCAUCACAGUGACUCUCGGCGACUCUCCCCCCCGAUUGCGUACAACGCUACUGUGCAAGUGGUGGUUCCAGGAAGUGGAGAAAAUCCCGCAAAUAUCGAGAGCAAUUGGCUUCAAAUCCGUAUAAUGAUAGAAGGCGGAGCAAAGUUGCCUAUAGUAUAUGCUGUCUAGGGUUCGAGGUCUGACUGCUCAAAACCGAACCAGGUCUGGACUGAUGCUCUUGAACUCUGGCAGUUUUGUUGCUGUUGUGUGUGUCCAGCUCUAGUUGUGCAACAAGUUCACAAUAACAAUGAAAGUGCUCCAAAAAGAAACUUUCACAACUAUUCAACAUUGUCAGGAGGAGAAAACUAUACUCUGUGUAUUUAGGAAAAUAGAAAACUUACAUCUGUGAUUUUCUUUUACUCAAAACAUCUGAACAACGAUUAAAAAACGAACAAAGCCCCAACUUCCUUUGCCGUGCUGUUGUGACUACAGCGUGUUCUCUGAAGCAGGCAUUUGUUUUCGAAGGACAGGAAAGUGUUAAACAAAUAGAGGUUACAAAAAUGGUGUGGAGGGUGUGGGUGGUCCCUGAUGAAUACUAUUUAUCAUGGAUGAGAAAAGAGAACUCAGGAAAGGGUUGGGAAGAGGAUUUGGACACAGAUGCGGCACAGAGUAGAAAUACCAGAGGCACUGUGGAGUUUGCUGAUGCUGUAAGACAUUCUGGGUGGAGGCAGCAAGGUGGUGAGAUCAUAUAAGAACAAAGGGAUAAUAGAAAAUAAAGCGUGUGAUUAUGAUGUGGCGUGUGUAUUUCUGUGAAGCCUGUAGGAUCUGUGUUUCCAUGGGUUACAGCUUCAAACUCUGCAGACACGGAGAAGAACUGAAAGUGCGCACCCGAGAAAUGUGACAGGACUGGCAGCUGUGAGGAGAGGCAUGAAUUUUUUAGUUACCUGCAAAGUUUCAUAUAAAAGCUAGAGGAGACCGAGAGGAGAAUAUCGGUGUUACACGGUCAAUUAGAGUUGAGAUACUUAGCACUAAACUGACCAGAUCCUGAAAACUGAGUAACACUGAACUGCAUUCCAGCCUGCUGCCAUCAGCCAACUUAUCACAUAGGCCACAGAUAUGUGAAGUGAGUUAGAAGUCAUGAAAGAGCGCAGCCGAAGAGGAGGGAAGUGUAGCAAUCAGGCUGGGAAUAGUGGGAGAGAGCGAAAGAAGAGAGGCCAAAACGUGAUAACAGUGUGGGGCUGCAAGGACAGGUCCCUCAUGUCACAGGCUGCAGCGUGAUGUUAAACAGCUGCAGAGAGAGAGAGAGAGAGAGAGAGAGAGGGGCUCGCUUCCUGUUUUAAAACACACUCACUCAGCAGUGACGGGUUCCUCGAAGGACAGCAUUAAACCCAACACUUUAGUCGAGUUGUUUUCUUGUAUUUGCUUACUCUUCCUUCCUGGCCUGUUUCUCAACCAGUCUGCAUUUUCCUGUCGAGAAGGAGGGAAGUGAAACGUGUUCUUUAUCUCAGAGAAACUCCUGGAGUCAUGCUCAGUGAUUACAUAUUGUUAUUGUAGCCGUCUUUGUCUGGCGAGUCCCUGCCCACACAAUCACUGGACGGUUUUAUCACCUCUCAUUUCACGUCAUGUUCUUGUCCCGUCGUUUUCACUGAAGUGGUUGACUGAUUGUCUCUUUUUUUUUUCCCAAAAGGAUUCUCCAUCUAAGCCGUCUGUGGCUGAGCUGGCUGGAAGGUUCAAAGGUCAUAUUUUACCAAUGCCUACCUCAAAUGAUGAGGUAAUACAAAUGCUUAAAUGUGCAUAAAUAGAUAGAAAAUGUUUAGUUUCGCUAUUCCUGUGUUUUCUUCACAGUUUCUCCUUCAUAUUUUCAGUUUCGAAGACGACCUCCUUGUUCCUUAAAGUUGCACAAUCAAAAAGAAGACAGUGAGGAAUCAGAUGUAAGUAUUUUCUUCUUUUGUCACUAACCCCUGUGUACAAAGGAAGUCCCUAGGAGACAUACUUUGAUUUGUUUACUGUACAUCGUAUUGCAAACUCCAUAUUUCAAUUUUCUUCUGUUUUCUCGCAGAAAACAAGUGUUUCCUCAAAUCCCAUAAAAUUCAAGAUGAAGAACUCUGCCAUCAUCGAGAAGCUUCAGGUAAAAGCUCCUGACUGAAAUUUAAGAAACGCUCGCUCUACCAGAGUUAUUAAAGGCUGUUGCGGUGAGAAAGUCAUGAGGAGUGGACAGUGGAGGGAUGUUUAAAGCUUUACUGCCCCCUGCUGUCCAGUUGACACGGGUGCCUGAGCUGCUCACACACUGAGGGAAAGAGGAAGGGCUUCUUGUCCUGAUGCUUCAAUCGGCUCAGAUUAACAAGCUAAUAGGAUCAUGAGCCACUCAGCCUCUGUUUAAGGUUCUGCCUCACCACCAUCAUUCCUUUAGUUUGCAAUCUAAACCGAAGGCAGCGAUGGGACAAAAAGGCUGCCGCUUCUCUCUUUUCUUCUUCUCACCGGUCCAGGUAGGAUUCUCCCAGCGGUAGAUGUGCUGUAGAUAUUAGAUUAGAUAUUAGACGUCCUUGCAAUAUGUGUAAAAAAAACCAAACUAAAACUAUCAUUUAAAGAACUGGGAGAAAAUGUUCUUUAAUUGGCAGUUUGGUCGUAAAAAUAUUUAGUCAAACUAUAUUUGAGGUCAAACCGAGAUGUAACCAACAUGUUGCAACAGAAACCGUCCUCUUCAUGGUGUGCAGGUGUUGUUUUUCAUUCUCAAAAGGGAAUGUAAGGACAUUCUUCUAGCAUUGGUUUUGCAAAACAAGAUCAUGACCUGUGAAAUAAGGCAAAGUCUCUUUUGUUUUCACCCGUUCAAAACUUUACAUACUGCGCUAAAAAUGUCAAUAGUUAAUAUAAAUCCUCUGUUUCUAUGUUUCUUUGUAUUUCCUAGAAGAUUGUCUUUGAUUAAAUAUAAUGCGGAUUACUGCUUCCUAGUACAGUUUCAGCUUCCUCUGACUGCUACAACUAAAUGUUCCCUCCAGGAUACCAGGAUGUGUCUUACCUUAUUGAAUUAAUCUUAAAAAAAAAAGCUGUUAAAGUCAACCGUUGUUUGGCAAAUCUUAUUGAACACUGUGUCCUCAAGAGAUUACCUUGCCCAGGUUUCAGGAUCUUCCCUUCUUCCCCCCCGCAGGCCAAUCUUGCUUUAUCACCCACUUCACUGCUGCCUUCACCAAAAAGCCCUGACGUGAAGCUCCAACCAGCACCGCCAUCCCCGACCUUAUCCUGCAGCCCGGUGAGUCCCCUCAGCCCCAACCUGAGGCCCUCACAUCAAUCCAGCGAAGAGGAGGAUCCUGUCAGCUUCAGCAAUCCUCCCGAGGGAACUCCUCUGCCUAGCUUCAACAAGGUAAACGAGAAGACUCAUGACCAAGUUGAUAACCUUGUGAACAAAAAUCUGAGCUAUUUGUUUGUUGGUGUGGAUUUUUGGCGUUGUCUCUGAGGCACAAAUUUACAAACAUGGGCUGUCGUCACUAUGAAGCCCCUUUAGUGUUUCCCACGCUAUUCGCCAUCUGAGCCGUGACAUCACAGCUGGACACGUGGCACCAUCCUUGCUGACGUGUUUCUCAGUGGGAGUCCUGUGUCUUCUCUUUAAGCAGGCCUCAGAUAAGCCUGAGUAAGAUGCCCCUGCAGUGCAUGGAUGCUGUUGCAAGGGGGAUUGAAGCUGUAAUCUCCUUAGCCUAGUUAAGAGUCCCUAGGUGCCAUUUGUGCACUGCCCUCACGCAUGUGUAGAUUAGACUUAAGAGAAACUAUUUGUUUACACAUAUAAGUUGAUAUUGAGUCCGUUUUUUUAGCUGUUUUAAGUUCUCAAUGUAAAAUAAUAUUGCAUGUUGAACCUUACUUUCUUUCCACACAGACUCGUGCACGACUAUCAUUUAAGAGACGGCCACCUACGAGGCAGCACAGGAGGUCAGCUGGAGAGGAGGCGGCUCUCUUUGGGAGCGCUCUGUCCCCAUGUGAACUGAACAAACCAAGUGAAAAUGGGGAGGACCAGGUUUUCAACAGCCCAGGAGAGGAGGACAACCACAGACAGACAGCCAGUCUACAAGAAGUCGAAGAGAACAGAGACUGUGAAAAAGUAGAUAAAGCAGCAAAGGGUGAUCUGAACGUCAGCAGGGAUCUGGUGGAGGAGUACAAAUCAAAACAAGUCCAGAUCUCUGAGACUGCUGAGGAGGAAGAGAGGCCGUCAGAGCCUUAUGCAGCCAAGCAGAUAGAGAGUGAUGUUAAGACAGAAGAGGCGCAGAAAGAGAUGGAGGAGGAAUCUAAGAAUCAAACUGUGGGAUGUCAGAUGUGAAUGUGUAUCUGAGAAAGAAACUUAUCAAAAACUAUCUAGUGCUCAGACUAAGAGCCCUUUUUCUAAAAGUACUUGUCAGGAAAGUUUUUAAAUGUCUCGGUACUGACUUUGUUUCCUCCAUCACCCUCUUCCUGCUGUCGGUAGAACAGGUCUAUGAACACUGGAGGGUUAACAGAAGCAGCUGCUCUCUGCUCAUGAAAAUGGCCAUUACAGUUGAUACUGUAUGAAUCUGACAGAGAGGUUUUAUUCCACGCUGUCUGAAAUAACAGACUCCUGCUAUAAUGAAAAGAUGCAUUUUCCUCCUUGCUGUGAUUUGACGCGAGUCAAAGACUUUUUUGAGAGUGCACUUUCAUGUCAGAAAUGCGCAGAGGCAUAUCUAUUAUCUGACCUCAUGAAUAAGCAGAUAUAAAAAUGUUCUGGCAUCACAAAUAAUUUUUGCUUCAGGUUGAAAUGUUAUGAUUUGAUGUUUUUUUCUGAUCUUUGUUGAUUUCUUUAUUUACUUCUCUGCUUUUCUUUAAUUUGGAUUCUACAGAAUAUCCACAGAGCAUACAUAGAGCUACUGCUGGCUCCGGUCAUCUGCAAUUAUGUGAAAUGGUAUUGAGAUAAUAAACCGCCUCAUUCUUGUACAAUAUUGAAGUUGCUAUACUAACUUUUGUUAGGUGGAUUUUUUUGGGGUAGAAAGAUUAACAUAAGUCAAAAUGUUAAACACUGAAAAGUAUAUUGAAUCUGAAAGGCCUGUCGGUAAUUACUGUGAGCCGUGUCUAAUCUUCUAAGACGAUUGUUUGGUCAAGGCUUCAGUCGAAUGAGGCCAAAAAGGUAGGCUUUCUUAGAGGUUAUACAGUAUAUAAUGGUAAUGGGUAGUACUGUAAAAUGUUAAUUUUCUGCAGGACACUUACAAGUGUUUCUUUGAUUAUUUGCCAUCAUUUGCAUCAUCAGUUGCUUUUUGGAGUGGUGCCUCAGUGUACAAACUGCCAGUCCCGAAUGUUUUCAACAAGUCCAGGAAUUAUUACUGGUCAUAAAACAUGCCAAUUUUUCUUCAUUCCAGAUCAGCGAGGCCUGUGCAACUUUCAUUAACGACAACACAAUGCUAGAUAGCUCACUUUUUACUGUUUCAGUCUUGAUUUUUGCAAAACUGGUGCAUUUUGAAAGAGUUCCUGCACUGCCUGUUGCUGUUAGGAUCAUUACAUUUGUCAGUCUUUCUUCUUUGUCUGAAUAAUGUGCAUUUUGGGGCGCUGAAGGUGUUGUGAAAGGUGCAUGUCACUUUGCGCAGGCAUCUGAAGAUAUGGAAGUGUAAAUAUUUUAUUGUUUUUACAAAUAUCAAUAAAAUAUUGUUGAAAGCUGGACACUGGGUUAAACUCCACCAAUAUUUUAAACAAUGAUUCGUGUUUUCUUCUGUGGCCUUUGUCGACCCCUGCAGGUGAAUAUUAAGAACUUCAGCUUUUGAGGCAGAGGAAAUAUUAAAACAAAACAAAAAAGAUAAUAUGACUCUGUCUCUGGAUAUUUGUACUGUAGAUGAAGGUACUUUAACCUUAAUGUGCUCUAAUGCCAUGAAAAAUGCGCGUACAAUAACUAAUUUAUUUGCAUGUUUUUAAUAGCACUCCAUAAACAGAACUGAAGCAGGUGAAGCCUCGCAACCAGGGGUUAAGUGCCCCACUUCAAUGGAUGGAUAAACUAACUGAGAAUAUACAAAAAAAAUCUUUUACCUACAUGAAAAAGAAAAAUGCCCUGAAACCAUUUUCUUUACUCGACUUCUUUACUAUCCUAUAAUAAGACCCUCAGUUUCUCUUUUCAUGUUCUUUUGUUCAUCUAAAAAGCUGGUUCAAUACUUAAUGUUUGUAUUUUGACGAAAAAUAAAACAUUUACAAAAAAAAAGAGAUAAAAAAAA